CUGGAUCCGGGACAAAAGGGCCCUUGGUGCCAAGAGGAGGAGGAGGAAGAGGAUGGAGCCCUGACUCUUCUCCGCUCGCGUUGGCUCCGCGCUCGCUGCCUUCCCUCUCGCCGCGGCCACGCAAGCCUCCCUCGCGCUGCCGAGACAGAUCAGCCCAGUUCGAAAACCCCACCGAGGAACGAGACCAUGCCAGGGCUCGGGAGCCUCCGUGGGGCUUCCGUGGGGCUCCUCGCUCUCUUCUGGGCAGCUAUUAGCAUCAGCCUCAUGGACGUGGUCGGCUCGGAGCAGCAGAUCCCCUUGUCUGUUGUAAAACUCUGGGCCUCUGCUUUUGGUGGGGAGAUCAGAUCCAUUGCAGCUAAAUACUCAGGUUCCCAACUUCUGCAGAAGAAAUAUAAAGAAUAUGAGAAAGAUGUUACUGUAGAAGAAAUUGAUGGCCUUCAACUGGUGAAGAAGCUAGCAAAGAAUAUGGAGGAGAUGUUUCAUAAAAAGGCUGAAGCAGUACGGCGUCUUGUUGAAGCUGCAGAAGAUGCUCACUUGAAACAUGAAUUUGAUGCUGAUUUACAGUAUGAAUAUUUCAAUGCUGUCCUCAUUAAUGAACGGGAUGAAGAUGGGAACUUCUUAGAACUGGGAAAGGAAUUCAUCCUAGAACCAAAUGACCAUUUUAAUAACUUGCCUGUGAAUGUUACUCUGAGUGAUGUCCAAGUGCCAACCAACAUGUACAACAAGGAUCCUGCUAUUGUGAAUGGAGUCUAUUGGUCCGAAUCAUUAAACAAAGUGUUUGUUGACAACUUUGACCGUGACCCUUCCCUUAUUUGGCAAUACUUUGGAAGUGCAAAGGGCUUUUUUAGGCAGUACCCAGGAAUUAAAUGGGAGCCAGACGAAAAUGGAGUCAUUGCAUUUGACUGCAGAAAUCGAAAGUGGUAUAUCCAGGCAGCAACUUCUCCUAAAGAUGUAGUCAUUUUGGUUGAUGUCAGUGGCAGCAUGAAAGGACUCCGCCUGACGAUUGCAAAGCAGACCGUCUCAUCCAUUUUGGAUACCCUUGGAGACGAUGAUUUUUUUAACAUAAUUGCGUAUAAUGAAGAACUGCACUUCGUAGAACCAUGCCUGAAUGGAACGUUAGUUCAAGCAGACAGAGCCAACAAAGAGCACUUCAGGGAACACCUUGAAAAACUUUUUGUAAAAGGAAUCGGAAUGCUGGAUAUAGCUUUAAUUGAAGCGUUCAACAUGCUCAGUGAUUUCAAUCACACAGGACAAGGGAGUAUUUGCAGUCAAGCCAUAAUGCUGAUUACUGAUGGUGCUGUGGACACUUACGAUGCAAUAUUUGAAAAGUAUAAUUGGCCAGAUAGGAAGGUUCGCAUCUUCACCUACUUGAUAGGAAGAGAAGCUGCAUUUGCUGAUAACCUUAAGUGGAUGGCUUGUGCCAACAAAGGUUUUUUUACUCAGAUCUCUACUCUAGCUGAUGUGCAGGAAAAUGUUAUGGAAUAUCUCCAUGUGCUUAGUCGACCCAAAGUGAUUGAUCAAGAGCAUGACGUGGUAUGGACUGAAGCCUAUGUUGACAACACUCUUGCAGAUGAUCAGGGAUUGGUUUUGAUGACCACUGUUGCCAUGCCAGUAUUUAGUAAGCAAAAUGAGACUAGAUCCAAAGGCAUUCUUCUGGGAGUUGUGGGCACAGAUGUUCCAGUGAAAGAACUUCUGAAGACUAUUCCAAAAUACAAGUUAGGUAUUCACGGAUAUGCAUUCGCAAUCACCAACAAUGGAUACAUUCUGACUCAUCCAGAACUCAGGCCUCUGUAUGAAGAAGGAAAAAAGCGAAGAAAACCCAACUAUAGCAGUGUCGACCUUUCUGAGGUUGAGUGGGAAGAUAGGGAUGAUGUGCUUCGGAAUGCAAUGGUGAAUAGGAAAACGGGGAAAUUCUCUAUGGAAGUGAAGAAAACAGUGGACAAGGGGAAGCGGGUGUUGGUGAUGACAAAUGACUACUAUUAUACAGACAUCAAGGGGACUCCUUUCAGUUUAGGUGUGGCUCUCUCUAGAGGACAUGGCAAAUAUUUCUUCAGAGGAAAUGUGACUAUAGAAGAAGGAUUGAAUGAUUUAGAACAGCCUGAUGUAUCUUUGGCAGAUGAAUGGUCAUAUUGCAACACAGACUUGCAUCCUGAGCACCGCCAAAUGACUCAGCUGAAGGCUAUUCAAAACUACCUCAUGGGGAAAGAGCCAUUGCUUCCUUGUGAUAAAGAAUUAAUACAGGAAGUACUGUUUGAUGCAGUGGUGAGUGCACCAAUAGAAGCUUAUUGGACCAGCCUUGCACUAAACAAAUCAGAAAAUUCAGACAAGGGAGUAGAAGUUGCUUUCCUUGGAACUCGGACAGGUCUUUCUCGUGUCAAUUUGUUUGUGGGACCAGAACAACUAACUAAUCAAGACUUCUUGACAGCUGAAGACAAGGAGAAUAUUUUUAAUGCUGAUCAUUUCCCACUUUGGUACAGAAGAGCAGCUGAGCAGAUCCCAGGAAGCUUUGUCUACUCAAUCCCAUUCAGCACAGAAACAGCAAACAAAAGCAAUGUGGUAACUGCAAGUACUGCUAUUCAGCUUCUAGAUGACAGGAAAUCUCCAGUGGUAGCAGCUGUUGGUAUCCAGAUGAAACUUGAAUUUUUCCAGAGGAAAUUUUGGACUGCCAGUAGACAGUGUACAUCUCUAGAUGGGCGAUGCUCCAUAAGCUGUGAUGAUGAGAAUAUUAACUGUUACCUCAUUGAUAAUAAUGGAUUUAUACUAGUUUCAGAAGAUUAUACACAGACUGGGAACUUUUUUGGUGAGAUUGAGGGUGCAGUCAUGAACAAAUUGCUCAUAAUGGGCUCUUUUAAAAGAAUUACUCUUUAUGACUACCAAGCCAUGUGUAGAACAAACAAAGAAAGCAGCGACUGUGCCCAUAGCAUACUGGAUCCGUAUAAAGCUUUCUUUGCUGCAGUAAAAUGGAUUGUGACUGAACUUGUCUUGUUUCUGGUGGAAUUUAAUAUAUGCAAUUGGUGGCAUUCAGAUCUAACAACAAAGGCUCAGAGAUUGAAGCAAACCUUAGAGCCUUGUGACACUGAAUAUCCAGCCUUUGUUUCUGAACGCACAAUCAAGGAGACCACAGGCAAUAUUGAUUGCGAUGAUUGUUUCAAGUCCUUUGUUAUCCAGCAAAUUCAAAACAGCAAUCUCUUCAUGGUGGUAGUAAGUAAUGAAUGUGACUGUGAGUCUGUUUUGCCAAUUACAAUGGAACCAAUAGAAAUAAGGUAUAAUGAAUCCCUAAAAUGUGAACGCUUAAAAUCCCACAAGAUUAGGAGGCGUCCAGAGUCCUGCCAUGGAUUCCAUCCGGAGGAGAAUGCCAGAGAAUGUGGUGGUGUUUUAGGCCUGAGUGCUAAUCCUACUGUUCUUGCACUCCCUCUGAUUUUGACCAUUUUCUCAAGGUGACACUGACUGAAAAGCAAUCGCUUGGCAUGCUAAAAAUACAUGGAAAAACUGUGAACUGAAAAAAGGUGCAACUUAGAAGACAUGAAAAUAUAGUCAAAACAUCAGCAUUUCAUGAUUUUAAAUGGUAGGAAGAUAUAAACUCUCCAAAUUAUGUAAAAAAAGAUUUAUCUUUUUUUGGCACAUCAUGCAAAUAUGGAUUUGCCAUACAAUAGUUACAGUUCAUCAAGAAGAGGACGUCAAUAGAUAGAAACGAAUGGUCAUUAUUUUCUGCUUUGUUCCAUGGAAAAUGGUUUAAAACUGUGUACUUUUUAAAUAAAGUAUAUUAAAAUCACA